UUUCAAAAGAUAAUCUUAAUAAAAUCAAUUUACAAGAUAAUGAUACCAAAUUACGUACCCAUGAAAAUAUGAUCGAGCAUUUUGAACAGGACACAAACCAUUCAGUGUCAAUUGAAAAUAUUUCCAAUUUUUUUGAAAUCUUCU